AUGGAAGUCGAAGGCCUAGAUUCCGCGGCCCUGAAGGCCAUUUUGAUGCGCAUCGAUAAUUUUGAAGGCGAAUUUGACUUCUUAAAUCCAGCGUACAAGUGUCGAGUUGUGUUUAAGGGCAUCGCAUUUCAUUCUGUCGCCCAUGGCUUGCGUUUCCUACGCUUAUCGCAUAAUAUAGACGGUCAAGAAUACCACUACGAUGGAUCUGACCAUUUGCCAGCUCAUGUCGCUAACCAUGUGUCGUCUAUGGACGUAUCUGCAACCUCAGAAGGCAGUGAUGAGAACCCUUUGUGGAGUGCGCAUCGCCACGAAUGGCUAGAAUUACUGCUUCGCGACAAGUACCGGAGGAACGGAGAUAUACGCACUCGUCUUGGCAAGACUGGAGAUAGGCAGAUCGUUUUCACAUCCACUGAUCUGUUUCUGGGAUUUGACGGGAAGAGUGGCCAAAACAAGGUCGGGCGCAUCACGGAGCAAAUACGGGAAGAUAUGUCUGCCUACAAGGACCACCGAGUGUGGCUACUAAUGUGCCAAAACAUGAGUGCUGAAGAUUUUUGGGUAACAGUUGAAGAAUCACACGGUGAUUCCGGCAUUUGCAAACACCGCCUCGAGGGCAAAUGCUUGUAUGACAUAGGGCGCAUCCCAUCGUGCGAUCUAAAACCCGCCAACCCUUCCAUUAGCCGUGUCCACGCUUCCAUAUACAUGAACAAGCGUGGUCAUGUUUGUAUGGUGAACUACAACGACGUCACCGGUGUGACCGUGAACGGCCAGCGGUUGGAGCCUCAUGAGCCGUUUGCUAUGAGGAAUGGCGACCGAUUCACUCUUGGGGCAUCAAAACGCGUAUACCGUAUAUCGAUUGACCGCGACCUGGUUUCGCGAAAGAUGGCCGAGAUUGCGAGCAAGCGCCGUGAGCUUCAGCAUAAGGCCGACCUUCACGCAAAGCGGGUCAGUAACGAGCUUGAGACAUUUCUGAAGGGCCAUGACGAGGUGGUUGUGCUGAAUGUGAGUUACAAGACCAAACGUGCGGAUCUGUACGACUUCUUUUCGUCAUGCGGUGACGUGGAAUCGAUUCAAUUACCUCAGAACCGUGGUUCAAGCGAUGACCCUGCGUCGGAUGAGACCCUUGCACGUCGUGGAAUCGCAUUCAUCAAGUUCAGGGACAAGAAAGGUGCAGCCCGUGCCCUGGAGCGUGAUGGCAUGUAUUUGAACUAUCGCAAGAUACAGGUGAAAUACAAGUCUGAAGACAAGGUUAUGACCGUUCAAGACAGAGCGCAAGGCGUCGAAGUCGCAGCAGAAGUGCAUCAAGGCAUCGACGCCGCAGCGCCGAUUCCAGCAGCUACAGCAGGAGUAGGAGCUCUAGUAGGGCUCGAGACGAUCAGCGGCGAAGCAGUUCACAUUCCAGUCGAGGUUGAGAUUCAGCCCCAGGAUGUCAUAUGGAGUGCAACACUUUUGCAAUGUAAACUAUGUUUCCGAUGA